AAAGCUCCCACAGCUGUAGUGGCCGGUGGUGGCAUUAAUGGUUGUAGGUGCCGUAGUUGACAUUGAAAUUGCAAGUGGUGGAUGUUCGAAAGCGAAUCAUGAAAUUUAUGUUUGCGAGUUCGUGAGACUCGCCUGGCUGUGAUUUCUAGUUGGUUGUGCUUAUUGGGUAUACGCGUCUUGCUGUAGUGGCCGGUGGUGGCAUUAAUGGUUGUAGGUGCCGUAGUUGACAUUGAAAUUGCAAGUGGUGGAUGUUCGAAAGCGAAUCAUGAAAUUUAUGUUUGCGAGUUCGUGAGACUCGCCUGGCUGUGAUUUCUAGUUGGUUGUGCUUAUUGGGUAUACGCGUCUUUAUAUUUCAUUAUUGGAACACGUUAAGGUCGUAUAAUGGUUCGCUUAUUACAGUUGUUUUCUUUGGGACUGAAAUCUAGAGGUGUGAAAGAAGUAAGCUCAACUAUUUAUUCUGGAAUAUUUGCAAUUAACGAACCCUAUUACGGACAACUGCCUAAUCACCAUUAUGCAACAGCUCCACAAGGUGACCCUGUAGUCAGGAAACUUGUUGACUAUACAAAAAAACUUCCUACUGAUGGGAGGCCAUUAUAUUUGGAUGCACAGGCAACAACUCCAAUGGAUCCGCGUGUACUGGAUGCUAUGUUGCCAUAUUUAACACAUUACCAUGGUAACCCUCAUUCUAGAACUCACGCGUAUGGUUGGGAGAGUGAAAAGGCUAUGUACACUGCAAGGAAACAAGUUGCAGAUCUAAUUAACUGUGAGCCUUCUGAAGUAAUAUUCACAUCUGGUGCUACUGAGUCAAACAAUACGGCAAUUAAAGGUGUGGCACGUUUCUAUGGUGUCAGGAAGAAGCACAUUAUCACUACACAGACAGAACAUAAAUGUGUAUUAGCUUCUUGUCGCCAACUUGAAGGAGAAGGCUUUAAGGUGACAUAUCUACCUGUCAAUAACAUGGGACUGAUCAACCUGGAGGAAUUAGAGAAAGCCAUUCAGCCCGAUACUGCUCUCGUCACCAUCAUGUUCGUCAACAAUGAGAUUGGUGUUCGACAACCAAUUAGGCAAAUAGGAGAAUUAUGCAGGUCCAGGAACAUCUUUUUUCAUACAGAUGCAGCCCAAGCAGUAGGCAAGGUUCAUAUUGAUGUCAACAGUCUGAAUAUUGAUCUCAUGUCUAUUAGUGGCCAUAAGAUCUACGGACCCAAAGGUGUGGGUGCUCUGUAUGUUCGCAAACGACCUAGAGUACGUCUAGACCCAAUCAUAAAUGGAGGUGGUCAGGAGCGUGGCUUGAGAAGUGGCACAGUACCGUCACCUCUUGCUGUUGGUUUGGGUGCUGCCUGUAGCAUAUGCAAACAGGAGAUGGAUUAUGAUCAUAAAUGGAUGGAACUGCUAUCGAAGCGACUUCUGGACAAAAUCUUUGGCAGUUUGGAUUAUGUAGUUCGUAAUGGUGAUCCUGUCAAUUCAUAUCCUGGCUGCAUUAACCUGUCCUUUGCCUAUGUUGAGGGAGAGUCAUUGCUGAUGGCUCUGAAGGAUGUGGCUCUGUCCAGUGGUAGUGCAUGUACUUCAGCAUCGCUCGAGCCAUCGUAUGUACUGCGUGCUAUCGGCACUGAUGAUGAUAUGGCACACUCAUCUAUCAGAUUUGGCUUUGGCAGGUUCACAACCAUAGCAGAAGUGGAUUACACUGCUGAUCAUUGUAUCAAAAAUGUAAAAAAGCUAAGAGAGAUGAGCCCGUUGUGGGAGAUGGUGCAGGAAGGAAUCGAUCUCAAGUCAAUAAAAUGGUCACAGCAUUGAAUUAAAUGAGGAUGUACUCUGUACUCAUAUGGACAUAUGUGAAUUACCUUACUGUGUUAUUUCUUCUCACAUCUGGGUUUACUUCUGUACCCAUUUAUACAAAAGUUCUGCAAGAUAUUGUCUACAUGCCACAAUAUUAAAUUAAAUAACUUUAUAGUCAUCUUGGCAGUUGCUGUUGUAUUUAAUAACGAAAUAUACAAUAUAAUAACACAAAGGUUGUGGCUUUAAUAUCAUGAUAAUACAUAAAGCCCAAAUAUUAUUCAGCAGCACAUAUUUUAAAAUGAGUUCAACUGUGGUAUCUGCAAGCAUCUUAAAUUCUCUUCUUCGUUGUUAUUAAUCUAAUGAUAUUAAGCACAUUUAGUACUGUUACAGCAUAUGCAACUAUAAGAAGUAUUAUAAGGAAAUUAUUCCAAGUCUGUAAAGACAAAUUGAUUUUACAUAUACAUCACCAUGCUGCAUAUUUAAAAUUAUCAGUUAUCUGUACAAAAAAAAAUUAGAUCCUGCAUAUUCUUUUCUAGUACGGCAAUCCUUCACUGACUGCAUGGAUUAUGCCCCUGAAAAACACAACUGGCAAGACUAAGCCCUUAUGGGAUAAUGGAGGUUAGGGGACCUGCACUUUCUUUUAAUGCUCGUCAAAACUUCAGGGAAUUGCACCUGUUCCUUCACUGGCCACAAAGAUCUGUUAUAAAGCAUUUAAAUCUACACAAUAAUAAUAUAAAAUUGUGUCACAAAAAAGACACAAUACAGCGAGAUAUCAAAAGAACCAGCUUUGCAUGCUAUUACACUACCCCCCCACACCCCCAAAAAUGUUAAUCUCUUGAUGCAGCCAGUAGCAGUCUUUUCUCAUGUGUAGGCAAUUAAAACUGCACAUACGUAAACUCAAAUACCAUUGUUGGCAAAACAGUCAGCAAAGGAAUGCUGUACUUUCAGACAUGCUUAAAAAAUUGCUCAUUUUACACAUGAAAAACAUUUCUUUUGUUCUCAGACCUCAUUAUGUCAUUACAAUAUGAAGACAAGAUUCAAAAGUAGGCUACUGCGAUGCACUCUGUUGAUUCAGUCGCGUCCAUCAUCAGCUAACAGCCAUGCAUGCACCAUGUCAAGAAGUUAAAAGUCACAUUGCACAUUAGUAAAGUUGUACAAAGCUCUCAUCUCUCCUCUUUUAACACUAGAUGUGAUGUGUGUUUUCUGAA